GUACUAAUUUUCCAUCCCUGACUGACAAAAAAAUAAUCAAAAUAAUUAAAAGAAAAAAAUAAAUAUUUUCACCUGAAAUUAUCUUGAAAUCAUCCAGAGUUCUUAUUGCAAUUUUAGAUAUUAUGGCAAAUACUGACAAUCCAUUUGCUGCACUUUUGGGUGAAGUUAAAUCUGGAAUAGAUAAAAAUCUAAUUGAGGAAAUUUUCCUAUUUACAUUGAAAAAAGAUCAAUCAUCGUCGACAAAGAGGGCUCUCUUAUGUUUGGCUGAUGUUAUUGUUUCCGAUAUCGGCGUUGGCACCGAAAUGGGUGAGGAACUUUUGGGUCAUGCCAUAUUCGAGCGUUUGAUGUUGACAGACACCAAAGACUACUUAGUUGCUGGUCCACAAGCAGAAGAUGCUUUGGAAAUUGAUACUAUAAUAUACCUGCACCGAGCAUUUGUUGCUUGCGAACUAGCUAGACAAAGAUACCCGGAGCGUGGUGGCGAAUGCGACAAAAUUAAUUCACUUAUUAUAACAAAUGCUAGCACUUGUAUGCGUCAGCCAGAUUUAUAUCCCGGCCGCAGUAUUUGGCAGCAGUGGAAACAAUUAAUGGAAAAUUCGGAAAACACGGAUUCCACAGACGUUAUGGAUUUCUUGGUACAGUGUAUACAAAAAAUAUAUGCUGACGAUGAACCUCUCGAAGCACUGGGAGCUUUAAAAGCUAAUUUUUAUCCAUUAUUGGGUAAAAUUCAGACAGAUAUUAGCCAAGCUAAUUUAAUAACAUUGAAGAAAAAUGUUUUUUGGUUAUUAAGUUUCUUCGUACGCGACAAACGUAUACCCCAACUGGGUGAUGUUCUAAUUGACUACACUAUGCCUAAUCCGAAUACCAAUGGUGGUGCUUACAUGGACACACUUUUCGGACAUUUGUUUAGUUUAUCGAUUAUGCCAAAAAACCAAAAUGGACCUUAUGAGUUUUUCAGUGAAUUGAGUUUAGAAUCGAAGAGCUCAGAUCCCGCUUUAUGGCAAUGUAUGUCUAGUCAUCAAAAUGAAUUGUUUUCUCUCAUAAAACAGCUGUUGGUGCAAAGUCCCACUAACAAACAGAAAACUCUUCAGUGGUUUGCUAAAUGUUUGCAUGCAAAUGUUGCGCGUGGCCAUCUUUGGAACAAUUUGAAUGCUGGCCUUAAUAAUUUUGUUCAUCAAAAUGCCAGUGAUGCAUUUAUGAUCGGACUGACCUCUGUUCUUUUGCGUUUAUGUGCACCGCUUUGUGAGCCCUCGAUGAAGGUGUUAUUAGUUGAUCCAACAUACUGUGCUGUACCUGAAGAUGAACGUCAAGCUAAACAAGUUAAUAUGAUUAAAGCAUUCGAAGAGACAUGUUUACUGCCAACCGAGGAGAAUACAAAACGUGUAACUGCAGAAAAAUUCAACUUUGUAACCGAGCUCUUUUUUUUAACACAUAAAGCCUAUGAGUUAAGUUAUCGCGCUAGCAUUGAACGUUUUACGAGAAUGACACGGGAGCUUCAAAAUUUACGAACAGCUUAUCAGGAUGUUGCCAAUACUGAUCCUAACAACGAUAUGGCCAAAAACUUGUUGCGCAUGUUAAAGGAACAAAUGCAACAGUAUCUAUGCUUGCGUAAUUGUUUAAUGGAACCAGAAAAUGAUACUGCCAUUCUAAAGUUUUUUGAAGCCUCAGCUGUGUGGCUGACAGAAAUUGCACUCGUUUCUGCCGAAGAAUGUGAUAAACAAUUGAAGGAGAGUCAUGAUUUUGCACCCCACACAAAAUUCAAUAGGGAAUUACCAAUAAAAGUUGAAUUUGUACCGGAUACACUGCGUUGUGUACCAGAAAAUAUUAUCGAUAAUAUUGUGGCCUAUUUAAAUUUUAGUCGUCAUUUCCCUCCCGGUCAAUUCAUACAAAUGUAUCCCUCAUCGCAUGAUGCCUUUUUUAAGAUGAUUGUCUUAUUCAUGGGCAGUUCCGAGUUGGUGAAGAAUCCUCAUUUACGAGCCAAAUUGGCUGAAGCAUUAGAGUUCUUUUUACCAAAGCGUUCCACAAAUGGCACAUUCCUUACGCAUGUUUUUGAUAAUCAUAACGAACGCUUAAAAGUUGUAUCUAGUUUGCUAAAUGUUUUCGUAUCAAUUGAAAUGACUGGUCAAUCGGUGCAGUUUGAACAAAAGUUCAAUUACAGACGACCCAUGUAUGCCAUUAUGGAGUAUUUGUGGAGUAAAGAAGAAUACGUGCAAUGUUUCCGUGAUCUAGCAACAGAGGCUGAAGCUAAUAUGGAAGCAAUUGAACCGCCAUUAUUUUUGCGUUUUAUAAAUUUAUUAAUAAACGAUGCCAUCUUUUUAUUGGAUGAAUCUCUCAACAAUCUACAACAAAUUCGCCAAUUGCAAGAGGCCCAAAGUAAUGAUGAAUGGACCAAUUUGCCACACAAUGAACGACAACAACAUCUUUCCAAUUUACACCAUCUGGGCAUGCUGGCGCGUUUUGAUAAUAUUCUUGGUCGCGAUACCAUAAAUGUUCUAAAACUUAUAACCACUGAAAUCAAAAGUAUAUUUUGCCACAACAGCAUGGUUGACCGUAUAACUGCUAUGUUAAACUAUUUUCUUUUAAAUCUGGUCGGUCCACAAAAGGAGAAAUUCAAGGUUAAGGACAAGAAAGAAUUUGAAUUUGAUCCUGCCAAUACAGUGUUGGAAAUUUGUCAUAUUUAUAUUAAUCUUAGUAGUAGCGACAAUUUCUGUUUGGCGGUUUCUCAGGAUGGCCGCUCAUACAGUUCGAAAUUGUUUAGUUAUGCCGAAAAUAUUUUAAUACGCAUUGGUGGCGGCCAACUUAUUGGAGAAAUGGCAGAGUUUGCCGAAAAAGUACAGAAAAUGGAAAGACAAUAUAAACAGGAGCAAGAAUUUAUGGCCGAUGCACCAGAUGAAUACCUUGAUCCUAUCAUGUCUACACUAAUGUUGGAUCCUGUCAUUCUGCCCAGUUCUAAUGUAACUGUUGAUCGUUCUACUAUUGCUCGCCAUUUAUUAAGCGAUCAGACCGAUCCGUUUAAUCGUGCACCACUAACUAUGGAUAAAGUAAAGCCAAAUGAAGCUCUUAAACAAGAAAUACAAAACUGGUUAGCUGAAAAACGUGCUAACAUAGCUGCAGCGUCUGUUGAAAAAAGCAAUGAUGCAACAGAUGCCAAAAGUUGAAAUUAUUUUAACAACAACCCUCUAAACAAUUAGCCAAAGACAACAUCCAAUAAAUAUUGAUAUGUGUGCUUGUAUUGUUGAACACCUACAAACAUCCCCUCUCUCCAUCUAUUGUUGUGUUAAGUUUUAAUUGUUUUUUGUUUUAUUUAAUCAUAAAAUUUUAUGUUAAUUAUCAUUUAUAAUUCCGGAUUAUUGCAAUAUUAUAUUUUUGGUUUCGUUGUUUAAAUACCUACAUAGUUUAUAUAUACAUACAUACAUAUAUAUGUAUGGUGUAUGUAUUUUAUAUUCCAUUAUUUAAAUGUUAUUUAUAAUUGAGUAUAAAAAAUAGAUUUACUUUAAUUUAUGAAUUCCACAUUAUGGCAUAAUAUGCUUAUGCGCAUACAUGUAUAUAAAUAUGUUUAAAUAUAUACAUUAGAAUGGGUCUGGUGCCAUGCAAAUUGCGGACAAUUUCAUCACUUCAAAAUAAUAUAAUAUUUUUAAAACCAUAUAUAUUUUUAUGGUAAAUUUUAAAGCAUUUUUAAAAACUACAAGAGAUCCGAUGCGUUACAGUUAUAAAAUCGCCUUCUAACUAGUUUUUUUUUUUUAUUUCAGCCCAAUAUAAUGUUCAUAUUAUGAAACAGUUUAUGCAUUCGAUUAUUGUUUAUGAUAUAUUUUUAUAUUUUAUGU